AUGGACAACGAUAGAUAUAGUUCGGUGUCGAACGGCGUCUCUGGUCGCCAGGGCGCGGGGCCCGCGGGCCGCCAGGCCCAGCUGGAUACCGCAUACGCACACAAGCUGCAAGACGCCCACCAAGCGAGGCUCAUGGCCCUCCGAGACGCUAGGGUCCAGGAGCCCCAGCCCGGACCCGCCUUAGCCGCGUCUACCUCGACCACAAACGGUAGCAUACACAGCAAACCUCCACCACAGGGCGAGCCCUCUUCAUUUGAUAUUAUCGAGAAGCCAGAGGCGCCGGAGGAACCCGGCAGCGUGCCCCCUCCCGACGAGCCACGACCUGGAGACGGCAUCGAUCCGAGCCAACCACCCCAUCCCCCAGAGUGCGGAAUUUAUUACUACGAGGUGACCAUCACCUACGGGAAGAGAGAUGACACAACGAUUGGAGUCGGGUUUUCUACAAAGCACGUCAACUUGUCGAGACCGCCCGGGUGGGAGCCCGAGUCUUGGGGAUACCAUGGUGACGAUGGGAAGUGCUUCAACAACAAUAAUUCGGGCAAGGUAUACGGUCCGAAGUUCACGGCAGGCGAUGUCGUCGGCUGUGGUGUCAAUUUCAAUGCUGGCUACAUCUUUUUCACGAGAAAUGGAGACAAUCUUGGUGCCGCCUUUCAAGACGUUAAAGGAAAACUAUAUCCGUCUGUGGGAUUGAAAAAGUAUGGGGAACAUGUCCGGGUCAACUUUGGCCAGAUCCCCUUUGUCUUUGAUAUUGACGGCAUGAUGGCGCGCGAAAAACGACGAAUCCACGACGAGAUUUGGAAGACGAGUCCGUCAUCUCUUGAGAUACGGAUCGGAGGUGAGCCAGUAACAAUGAACGAAACAGAUCUCAUCCAGUCGCUUGUCCUCCAAUUCCUCCAGCACGAUGGAUAUGUUGAAACAGCCCGCGCCUUUGCCGAGGAGAUUGAGGCAGAGCGACAAGCGCUCGCCAUUGGGAAUCAGACUGUUGGUCCCAUUAACGUUAGGGACGAUCAAGAUGCUACCAACAGGCAACGGAUACGUAGGGCGAUACUAGAAGGGGACAUCGAUCGCGCGUUGGACCUCAUCGACUCGUGUUAUCCCAAUGUUCUUGAGGAGGAUGAUUUUGUGCACCUGCGUCUCAAGUGCCGCCGGUUCAUCGAGAUGGUGCGCCGGUCAGCGGAGAUGCGACUCCACUACGAGGGGAAAAGGUCUAAUGGCGCAGAUGGGCUUCAAGCCAUGGAGCUGGACUCAAAUGGCGUAGAGAAUGGAAACUGGGAGAGCAUGGACACCGAGGACAGCGACCUGCGGGAGCAAGUGGAACAACUCGAGCAGGAGAUGCUCGAAUAUGGCCAAGAGCUCCAGGCCGAGUACCGAAACGACCCGAGGAAGGAGAUUGGGAAGACUCUAGAGGACAUUUGGUCAUUGAUGGCGUACCCGAACCCGCUCGGGGAACCAAAGGUUGCCCAUCUCAUGGACAACAAAAACCGAGCCACAACGGCCGAGAUGGUCAACUCUCGGAUUCUUUUGUCCCUUGGCAAGUCAUCAAGUGCCGACCUGACGAAACUGUAUGAGGAUACAAGUGACCUCGUCCGCGACCUUAGGGAGGGGUGGACCGGGUGCCUUUUUCUCCAUGCGUGA